AUGUGCAUGUUGGCCGGCACAAGUGCAGUCGAGGCUGCCGAUAGGGAAGCACUGCUGGCGAACAGCAAGGCCGCUGACUCCAAGUGGGAAGAGUUCCGGCACUACUUGGAAAAGUCGGGGGUGAUGGACACACUCACCAAAGUCUUGGUCGCCCUGUACGAAGAGCCCGAGAAGCCCAACUGCACCCUUGACUUCCUGAAGCACCGCUUGGGGGCAGCUGUGGCACCAGAGAACCCUGAAAUUGAGGCCCUGCGGCUGGAAGUGGCUGAGGCGAAAGAGAAGUACAAAGCGGUACUGGAAGAGAACAAGAGGCUUAAGGCAAAGCUGAUUCAAUAUGAACCACCUCAGGAAGAGAAACGGGGAGAAUAAGGUCCUUUGCAUGUGACUUAAAAAAGCAUUUCGA